UUCCCUAGCCAACAAGAUCACAGGAGUCCACAUACUUCUCCUUCAUUCAGCUCUCAGUAUAUAAACUCGCGCCUUGCCUCCCGUAUUACACAGUUACACUAUCGAAUGUCGAUUUAGCUUGAAUUCUCUCCUCUCUCUCUCUCUCUCGGUCUCUUUUGCUAGGUUAGUCACUGCGCGGCAAAUGUCUUUUGAUAUCGACGGGAAUCAUUUUUCAAUUAUUUGGUUUGGUUUCAUGAAUUGGAGAAGGCUCUGGUGUUUGGAAUAUCUAUUGGACAUGAAAAUUGGCAUUUUAUUUUUCUGGAAAGCUUCCUUCUCAUUGCGUUCUAAGUAGAGUUAAUUAAUUGUUUCUGUGGAAGACGUCCUACUUGGACUUAAUUUUGAAUUAAUUUAUGGGGAAAGCACUGCGUCUACCUCCGGGGUACCGAUUUCAUCCCACUGAUGAUGAGAUAGUUCUGCUCUAUCUAAAAAGGAAAAUAAAGGGUGAACGUUUCUAUUCUAAAGCAGUUGCAGAGGUUGAUAUCUACAAGUUUGCCCCUUGGGAACUUCCAGGUAAAUUCAAAUCCGGAAGUGGUGAUCUGCAAUGGUACUUCUUAUGCCCAGUGGAGAGAAAGUAUUCUAGAGGGCAUAGAAUCAAUCGUGAAACCAAAGAUGGGUGCUGGAAAAAAACCGGAAACGAUAGUUCUGUUCAUCACGAUAAAGAGUUGGUGGGGUCAAAAAAAACAUUGGUUUUUCACAAGAACCUCAACUCGACAGCUACAGGGAUACGGGGAGGAAAAUCAACACAAAGGGAACGAACUGAUUGGGUUAUGCACGAGUACAGCCUUGGAGAUCAGUAUAUGGCCAAGGAAGGAAUUGUCAAGAACACAUAUGUGCUCUGUAUGAUUUUCCAGAAGGAGGGCCUAGGGCCAAGAAAUGGUGCUCAAUACGGAGCACCAUUUAAGGAGGAAGAAUGGAAUUACAAUGAGGAUGACGACUCUGCAGAAGCUGUCACUUUAGCUGGUUCGUUGCCUAGUAGCAGUAGCGGUUUGGCUGCUAUCGACACCAAGUUCUUGGGUGGCACAACAUCUGUGUCAUGUUUAUCUGAAGCUAUGCAGUCACAAUGUGAGGGGUUUUCUGCAGUUCUCAAUAAUGAUGCCUCAAUUGAGUUAUCUCGAGUAUUGGGCAAUAGCGAUAUUCUUCCAGAAGUGCGUACUUCCUUCAAAGAGGACAACCCUUUGAUUUUGAGUGAAGAUGACAAAAAUAAGAAUCUCAAUCCUGAUGAAAAUGCACUUUGUUUAUCUGAUAUCAUGGGAGAUUUUGAAGAUUUCUACAAUUUUGAGGGAACUCCCUGGAGUCCGGAUGACCUUUUUUUUGACAUAGCUGAUCUCGAUCUGCCACCGGACGCUCCUCCUACAUAAAAUUCUGUCCCAAAAAAUUUUAUUGUAAAAUGGUUACAAGCUGAAGGGCAUGGAAGCUAGUCGGGAACUCUUUCGAUGAAGACAAGGAUCGAAGUGCAGAAGUGUUUGGGUUACAAGGUAAUAAGGCAUCUCGCAACGAUGCCGUUUCUACCAGGGAGGAACGGUGCCGUUUCCAUUCCGGAAGAGGUGCAAGCAACGCUGUCGUUUAGUCUAAUUUCUUUAAGUCCUUAACGUUGUCGUUUUUUAUUGCAUUUUAGUUCUAUAAUACUCUAAAAUUCUGUUUUGGUCCUUCCAGUAAUUGUGUUACACGUGUAAGAAUAUUCCAAAGUUAGUGGACCCUGCGUGACAUUACCGUCGGCUGUUAUCC